AUGAAGACUGGAACUCACGUGGCUUGCUUGAGUACUGUGCAAUGUUUUGAGUGUGGGGCCCCCAACCCCCAGUGGGCAUCGGUGUCUUAUGGAAUUUGGAUAUGUCUUGAGUGCUCAGGAAAGCACCGUGGUCUUGGCGUACACUUAUCAUUUGUUCGUUCAGUCACCAUGGACAAGUGGAAGGACAAUGAACUGGAAAAGAUGAAGGUUGGUGGGAAUAAAAGAGCCAGAGAGUUCUUAGAGAGUCAAGAUUAUGACCAUCAUGCAUCCUUGCAGCAGAAGUACAAUACCAGAGCUGCAGCCCUCUACAGGGAUAAGGUUGCAGCACUCUCGCAAGGCAAACCUUGGAGCAUAGAAACUUCAUCUGCACAGAAUUACCACUCUACAUCAAUUCCCAAGUCUUCUUCAACCACAUCCUUCAAGACAUCUGGGCAGAACAUGUACUCUUCCACUGGCAAUGGUUAUAAUGGCUACAAUAGUGGUGGUUAUAAUGACUGUCAAGGAGGAUAUCAGGGUGGUUACCAAGACCCCAGCAUUAAAAGCCAAACGGAAGCAUUUUUUGCAAAAGUACAAGAUGAAAAUUCUUCUCGGCCAGAUCACCUUCCACCUUCUCAAGGAGGACGAUACUCCGGGUUUGGCAAUUGCCCCAAUCCACCUCCAAAGAGUGCGUCAACGGAAAUACUUGACACUGCCCUUAGUUCUUUAUCUACAGGUUGGUCACUGCUAUCUCUGGGUGCCACUAAAAUUGCAGGAAAAGCUGUGGAAUACAGCAGCAUAGCCACAGAGAAAGCCACAGAAUACAGCCACUCCAUCACAGAGAAGGUCCGUGAAGGCAAGCUGUUGGAGGAAAUUUCAUCUCAUGCCAGUAACAUUGGUGGUAAGGUGAGCGAGGUAUCUCGUCGUGGCUGGAGCGAAGCCACCAGGGCAUGGGGGAGUGGUGGCUCUGGAGGAGGAACUCUGGCCCUCACUAGCAGUUCUGGGGGCCCACAUGAACGCUCCUCCUUGCUGCUUGGCCCAGGUGAUGGAUACCAGCGGCUUGACAACAACAGAUGCAAUGAUAGUUGGGGAGAUGACAAUUGGACCAAUGACUGGGGUAGCAGCAACAACAGCAAGCCAUCCUCUCCAACACAAACUCAAAUGGAUUCUCCGGAGCCUUCCCCAAACGCUCGGGUCUCCAAGAAAAAUGCCAACAAUAGCUGUAAGAAGAAUAAAGGGUCUGUCAAAAAGGAUGGAAAAGCUGAGCAGGAGUUGCUGGUCGAUCUUGGGAACAAUGGCACCAAAGGCCACACUUGGGACAAUUGGGAUGAUGACUGGGAGAAGGUAGAAGGACAGUGAUUUAUUUAUUCAUCAUUGUAACUGAUCCAAAACACAUGAAUGUUUACCAUUUGAAAUUGGGCUGGCAAAAGAUAUUGUGACUUGAUAGUUUACUAGUUUACAAUUUCUCAACCAUAACAUGAAAGGCUUCCGAAAUCUUUCAAAAGCAAAGUUUAGCCAUUUUGUCACUUUCUGUAUUUAGACAUGUACUUCAUAAGUAAAGAAUAGGACAAUGUUAAAACUGAACAUGGAUAAAUAUUGUAAUAGGUUUUGAAUUAAUGACAAAAAAAAAUGAGUCCACAGAGACUUUUAGUAUGUAAUUAACCCUUUCAUUGUCGUGACUCCUGAAAUUAAAAGUGCUGUUAGUUUUAUGAUUUUCCUCCCCCCAAAAAUAUAAUCUUUUGAAAUGGUAGAGAAUCAUUUUCUAAGGUAAUGACACCAAAAAUGCAAAAUUUGAUGGAAAGCUAAUAAAAUUAUGCAGGUAUGAAGUUGUUGUCCUGGGCACAAUACAUGUAUAUGCAACAGCAAUUUUUCCCAUUUUUAGGUCUAUUCUAGACCAAUUCCAUUGCUCAAACUGACCCAGUUCCUGGCAAUCUUGCUAAUAUGCCUUUUGUUCUAGUGAUUGAGCACAAUAAACUGCCCAUUCAAUUCAGAACUACCCUAUGAACCACCAGAGGUCGGUAAUUUGGCCAAUUUUACACAAAAUUCAACAAAUCCCAAUUUAAAAACAGAACAAAAUAAACACUGUAGGCAUUCCAGCCAUUAAAGCCACCUUUCCUCUGUUCCCUAAUCACAUCCCUAUUCCUCUCCUAUAUAACCCCCUACAUUUUGAAUAAAUUGUCACACAAACGCAAACAUAUGGCAUUCCCGACUUACAAAGAGCCAAAAAAUCAAGUAUUUGCUCUGAGGCCUUUUCAGGUCACCCCUGGUCCGAGACCAACUAAAAUCAUCUCCAUUUGAACAGCGUGUCUUCUCAUCUAUCAACUAAUGCCAAGAAAUGGGGGAAAAAAAAAAAAAAACUCGAAUUCAGUAUUUUAACACAACACACUGUCAGAGGUCUGCUGUUCCCAUCAUAUUACCUUUUUUUUUUUUUUUUUUUUUUUUUUAAACUGUGCACACCCACCUGACAGACCCCAUUUUCUCAUGUGAUCAGUAAAUUUUGACUUAAACAACACAUUUGAGGGCUCUGUGAUCUAGACAGAUCUAUAAGAGACAGUGAAAGGGUUAUUUAAAAAAAAAAAAUUACACACACACACGCAUGCACGAGCUCAGAGAUAGGUGUGUGUGUGUAUAUAUUAGUGCUUUUUAGGUAGAGUUGCUCAAGCAAACCAGUCUUCUCAAAAAAUUUGUCUUAGACAAUAUAUAUUUUUGUGAAUUAAGAUUUUUCUUUAACCUAAACUUGCUAAAAUUGACUAUGUAAUUUAGCUUAAUUCUACCAAAAACAUUCUAGACCAGUCUAAAUUUAGUAGUAUUUAAUAUUGAUAAUACUUUUUUUUUUUUUCUCUUCUUUUUCAACAGUUGCACUUUGCUUGUUUAGCAAAAUGUUCAUUGCUUUAUAAGACAAGAUUACAAGUUCUGCCUAAAAAGCACAAGAUGUAUAUGUAAAAUAUCAUGAAAGAGUAGUAGAAUAGUGUAUAAUUAAAUGUGCACUAUUUGGCCAACUUCUUACUUGUUUAUAACAAAGCACACUUGACCCAGGAGAUAAACUAUCUGAUAAACACCAAAAAGAAUAAAAAGGCACAAUACUGUGACUGGAACAAUUCACAAAUAACCAAAGAUAGGAGAUUGAAACUUAUGACAUUUUCAUCUGACUUGGACCAUUAACUAGUCAUUAGUUUGACUGCUUAAUGGUCCAAGUUUAACUGAAAUGUCAACACAAGUUUCAUUCUCCUAUGAUAAAUACCAGGCUGAUGCCAUAUCUACUGCACCACCACCACAUUACAAAAAUAAUGGGCACUAUAUUUUGAAUGAUUCAACCCAUUGCUCAAAUGACUUAGAUUCACGUCAUGCAGCUUUUUCAUUGCAUCUCGGAUUUUAUGGCAAUGCAGGUGUGUAUUCAGGCAGUGGGUUUACUUGAAAUAUUAUGUACAUUUUUUUGUAUGUAGUGGUCCAGUGCAUAUGGCCUGGUGUUUACCAAAAGAAAGUUUGCCUCCCAGGUGAUGUGCGGGUUCUUGUGAGUAAGAAGCUUGGGGACCAAUAGCAUUUACGAAAAUGAUAAAAUACAUAAACCAAGAAUGUUAUAAAAGGCUUAGGAAAAUUUGCAGACAUGCUUACAAAACACAAGCUUGUAUAGUAUUCCAUAUACCUAUGAGGCAUAGUAAUAUGCUGUCAGAUGACAUUAAAAUUCUAAAUUCCAAGUAGUGUUCACGAGGCAGUAAUCGAGUGAUGUAUGGUAAUAUUGUUUGUGAUAGAGUAUGUCUGUCACACGAAAUAAAUACAUUUACAGAUAUUUGCCAAAGUUAUGUUUGCAAAAGAUAAAAAUUUGAAUAUGGUGCAAUUGUUUAUUUUAGAAAGUAUAAAAAUUAUAUAUUUUUUAUGCAUAAUUAGUGUAAAGGAAAUGUAGAGAAUAAAUUAGUUCUUAAUUUAUAUUUCCCAGGAAUAUUUGACUACCGGAUAUAUGUAUAUAAGCACCAGAACCAUAACAGUGUAUAUAGUUUUAAGGUUUUAAAAUUAGCAUAAGAUUAAAAAUGUAAUUUUAACUUAUUCAAUAUAAUCUCAGUCCCAUACAGUAAUAUAUAAGACUUUAAACUUGCUAAUUAUAUCUAUAUUUUUUUAGAACAUUGUUUAUAUGUUUGUCUUGGAGUUUUUUUUUUUUUUUUUUUUUUUUUUUUUUUUUUUUUUUUGUGAAUAUGGUUUUGUCAUUUUUAUCAAUGUUUUUGGUACUUUUCCUCUUCGAAAUGAAAAGGAAUAGUAAUUUGUCGGAACAAACUUUUAGAGUGAUAGGCUAUAACCAAAAGCCAACAAACCAGGCCUUAUUUCAUUAUCAGGGGAAAGUGGUCAGUGAUGCCUUCACUGAUAGUGUGUAGUUAAUCCAUCUUUAGCUCCCCAGGACCUGAGCCUGUCGAGAUACCACUACCAUUUGUUCCAUAAUUCAGGAUAAUGUAAUGAUGACUCUUUACUAACUUGGAAAUGAAUGGCACUAAUUUUUUUAUUUCUAGUCCUGAGGAAUAUAAUUGAGAAAAUUUAUUUUGCAAGUUCUCAUUUUAAAUAUCUGAUGGAAGCCUAAAUAUUACUAAAUUUUAUAGAGGGCAUAAUGCCUACAAUUAAAUUUUUCUAAAUAUCAAGUUGCGUGCCAUGAUAUGUACCACUUUCUAAAUAUUUAAUCCCAGUGUCUGUCUAUCCCACUACAUAUUACAUUAUAUACACAUGUAUAUGAACUUAGGAUUUUAGUACUGUGUCUAUUUCCUAAAUGUUUUCAUCCUCAUUAAAGCUGCUUUUUACAUAUAAAUGGUGACUACUGAUAUUUGAUUGCAUUUUGUGAUGUAAAUCCCUAUGAAUUAAAAAUAUUCAUGUUUUUCA